AUGGGCCGUCCGCCAUCGACUAUUGUUCUCGUCUCUAUUUGUGAAGGUCCUUGUCAGUGUGUAUUUCAGAUUGCUAAGGGUAAUCUCAACAAAUGCUGGAACUCAAGAAGAAAAAAAGAAGAAAUAAAUUUUCUUAAGCAGGCAUCUCUUCGAGCUAGUCUUUUCGCUGUCGGCUUGAUAAUGUAUUAUGUGCUGCCAUAUUAUUUCGCAAAUGUAUGGGUGAAGUUUUUGUUUGGUCCAGUAACAUGGGUGUCAGAAAUGACGGCCGAUGGGUAA